AGGACUUGGGAUCAGAGAAGUAAAUGGCUCCCUGAGAGAGACACAAAGUAAACUGAAGGAGGAGCUGAGGAGAAAAGUAGCCAUUUAGCCCUUAAUCGUUUCCUCCUCUUUGUAGUAGGGCUGCCUCCCGGGGUUCCCUUCCUGGCCUGCCUCCCUCACUGCUCCUGGGUUCCCCGGAUCGAGCCCUCGGGGGCUGCCCGCCUUCCCCCAGAAGUUUGCCUGACUCCGCGGCACCCACCCGAGCGCAUUCUCUUCCAUGAUCCAAAAAUCCCGGACCCCAUUACUCAAGACUCAAGAUGUUGGAGACAGAGUGGAAACCCUCAUGUUGCAUCCGGUGAUAAAGGCCUUUCUGUGUGGUUCUAUCAGUGGAACCUGCUCCACUCUUCUCUUUCAACCUCUGGAUCUGCUUAAAACCAGACUGCAGAUCGUCCAAACAGCACAACCUGGGUCCAAGCGCAUCGGAAUGCUCUCUUUGCUCUUCAGAGUCGUUCGCACAGAGAGUCUGCUGGGACUGUGGAAAGGAAUGUCUCCAUCCAUCGUCAGAUGUGUGCCUGGCGUUGGGAUCUACUUCGGGACGCUCUAUUUCGUGAAGGAGCACUUUCUCCUGGGGAAGGCCCCGACGGCCUUACAGUCCGUCAUGCUGGGCAUCGGCUCCCGGGCUUUUGCAGGCGUCUGCUUGUUACCAGUAACUGUGGUCAAGACUCGCUAUGAGAGUGGGAAAUACCGCUACCAAAGCAUUUAUGGCGCCCUGAAGAGCAUCUACCACACAGAAGGGCACAGGGGCUUGUUCAGCGGCAUGGCGGCCACCCUCCUCCGAGACGCCCCCUUUUCUGGGAUCUACCUGAUGUUUUACAACCAGACCAAAAACCUCAUUCUCCAUUCUUCUUAUGACACAGAUCCCACCCUCGUUCCGUUCAUGAACUUCAGUUGUGGGAUCUUUGCUGGCAUUCUGGCAUCACUGGCCACUCAGCCUGCCGAUGUUAUCAAAACCUACAUGCAGUCGUCACCGGAGAAAUUUCGGAGGAUUGACCAAACUGUCAUUCUCAUCCUCAAAGAUUAUGGGCCAUUCGGAUUAUUCUCUGGUUGUGUUCCUCGUGCCCUUAGACGAACUCUGAUGGCAGCAAUGUCAUGGACAGUCUAUGAAGAGAUGAUGGCCAAGAUGGGUCUAAAGUCCUGAAAGAAUGGAAGGAGAAAGAUGGAAUGAGCCUAUUUCUACUAUCCCAUCCCCAUUGAAUGAUGGUAGUUUGUUUUGGGGAGAGAUGAGGUUUCUAAUCCAAAGGUCCAGGCAGAAUUGCUUCACCUUCUGCAGUCAGUGUAUAAAGGAAAUGGAAGUAUUUGACCAUUUGAAGCAUUCCAAGGGGCCCAUCUUGUCAAUAAACUGACGUUAGGUUGGGGAUGGGGUAUAGGUUUGUGUAUACCACGCAAAUCUCUCUGUUCAAUUUGUCUAGAGUAAUUCUACUUCAGCCACCUAUGCGCAUCAGGAUAGGCUUUGGAGAAGUUUAGUUGGAUAAGCACUUGUGAUAUUAAAGUCUGCCCCAUCGCCUAUGCUGAGGAGGAUUUCUUUGAAUUAUAAUUUACUAAUUUAUUGAGGAUCUGAUGAGUGGAAUAAUUAUCUCUCUGCUUUUAUUCGUAGAUCUUCGCUAUGUAGCAAUUUUUGUUUUUUGGCAAACUGUAAGAUAGAAAAGAAAUCCUUGCUUUAAUUGAGUCCUAAUACUAAUUCUGAAGGUUGAGCAAACUUGGUUUCCUAUCAAGUCAAUUCCCUUAUGUUUUGGCUUAGAAAGAACAUAUUAUUUCUGCCUAAUCUCCAAGCUAGUCUAACAAGCUGCUUUGACAUUUUCAGCAACCGAGGUUGGUAUUUAUAAUUAUAAUCAAGCACUUUAACAUUCAUAUUAUUGAAAGCUGCUUAGACUGCAUGGCUAGCAUCACCUGCUUGUCUUAGAGUGAUAAGAAGUGUCCUAGAGUGCCUCCAGGAAGGCAGCCAUCUUUCUAAUCCAGGACCUGUGGUGAUGAAACUGCCUUCUGACUCCCUUUCAAACUAGGAAAAUUGUUUGUGUUCUGUACUGUGAACUUGCCAAAGCAAUAGAUCCAAAGACCCCUUUCAAGAGGGAAGGCAGAAAGAGUCAGUAUUGUUAUUCUAAAAGCAUCUUGGGGAAGGCUCUUCACAGAAAUGCUCCCUCUCUGCUCCCAUUGGAGGACUUGGCUGCUUUUGCAGGUUUGCUAAAGGCUUAACUCAGGUAGUUUCCUAAAUUUGGGUUAUUAAAGAAAACAUGCCAACUAGAUGUAAUUCUUUAAAGAUCUAACCCACAGCUUUCUAUUGUGUUUCAUGUUAAAUACUUUUCCCUGAUGGAUACUCAGUAUUUGAGGGAUGGAGGGGAAAGAAAUAGUAUCUUUUUCUACCUGAGGAUACCAGUGUAUUAUUUCAAAUCUCCUAAUUUCAGGAUAUUGCACAAACCUCCACAACCACAAUUCUUUGUGUACCAGGCCAUUAGGAGAGUAGCAGUAGGCCCAGCUCUGAAAGUCAUAUUGUAAACUUGAAGUUGAGCAAUCAGAGAGGCAAGGGCUUGUGUUUUGUUUUGUUUUGGGGGGCUUUUUUUAAAUCCUUGACUUUCAUCUUAG